AUGAAAACGGGUAAAAGCAAACAUGUCACAAUAAAUAAAGGUGAAGGAGCCGAUGACAGUGCUCAUGCACCUUCUUCGUCACUAUCUCGGCCGAAGAAAAGGGAGAAAAUCAGUGCUUAUGAGCAGGCCAAAAAAGUGUACGAGCGGAUACAGCAACAAAAGGCUCAGGAGAAAGUUGCCCGCCAGCUGGAACGAGAGAAGAGACAAGCAGCCUUGGAAAAGUACGUUCGUUCCAAGAAAGAAAUGAACAAAGCCUUACGAAAAUGCAACAAGAAAGGUCAACCAAACCUUGGUGCGCAAAUGGAGGUAUUAUUGAAGAAAAUCGAAAGGAAUGUACAGAAAGAGUAG